UUGUCAAGAGAGAAUUCAGUUUAUUCCAAACAUCACAUACAAUUGCUCAUAUUUUUGAACAUAAACAAACAUAUCACUCAGUGUAAUAAAUUUAUUAUAAUUAAGUGGACUUUAAACAUAAUUGUGUUUAUGUUCGGAUAAAUUUUCCCAACUAAACAGCAGUGAACUGAUCAGUCAAUACAGCAAUAAAGAAAUAAAAGACUUACACAAAGGUAUUUUAAAAAAUAUCUACCUAUUGAGUAAUUCUUUCAAAGAAGCAAUAAUACACAUCAAUCUCUAAAAUCUAGCAGUGUAGUUUAUAUACAGACGAAUGUCGAUGUUUAUAGUACAUACCCGCAAGAUGUUUGGUAAUAAUAAAUAUCUCUAAAUUACUAAACGAAAAAGUGGAAUAAUUAAAUUUUAUCAUUCAUCAUUUAUUCGAAAACAUUACGCCAGUAGCCGGAUCUUAGCAGAGAUUGUAGGUAAAUACGUCGUGGUCCAAACAGCUUUUAUAUACAAAUCUAUAUGUAUAAACGUUCCCCACUUUCAAUGCCUAUGCGAAAUAGUUAAUGAGCGACCAGCAGCUGUAGCGGGCAAUUGAGAGAACAUUAUAUUUGUUUGCAAAUUUGCCGUGUGAUCUAAAUAUUAAAAAAAAAAAUAGUAAAUGAAGUUUUCUAAAUGAAGUGUAGCAGUUGUGCAAAUAAGAAAGAAUAUUGCUAAAUACAAGCACUUUGAAAGUACCAUAUUGCCAAAGUGAAAAUCUCAAGUAUUUCAUUUUAAAGUGGUGACGAAGUCAAAUUCCUUGUACUCAAUAGGCAGUUUAUAUAAAGCAACGCAGAAAAGCAGGCGCACACAAGUGGCAAAGACCUUGAGCUACCAGAACGUUUAAAGUGAAACUAUAUAUCGAAAAAUGCCGCGGUUCGGAAUUUUCUUUUUGUUGAUAGCCUUUGUGCUUGUCGUUAACACUAUGCCCGCAAAUGCAGGUGUAGCACACGCUCAUAAACACGAAAAACAUAAUAGUAAAGAACGACUUAAGGAUGGAAUAUAUGCUGGACGUGAUGCACAUCAUCAUGAAAACGGUGACCAUAAUGUGGAAUUCGAUCAUGAAGCAAUAAUAGGUAGCUUAAAGGAAGCUAAAGAAUUCGACAAACUUACACCCGAGGAAUCCAAAAAGCGACUGCUUGUUCUCAUAAAAUUAAUGGACUUAAAUAAGGAUGGUUUUGUUGACCGCCACGAACUAAAAGCUUGGAUUUUAAGAAAACUUGGUGAAGAGGAAGCAGAAGAUCGUUUGGAAGAAAUCGAUGCGGAUGGUGAUGGAAAGGUGACAUGGAAGGAAUAUCUUAAAGACACUUUCGCAAUGGAAAAUGAAGAUGAGAAAAAUGAUUUAAUUGAUUUUGAUAGCUACGAUGAAGAGAAAGAAAUGAUAAAAUCAGAUAAGGAGAUAUUCAAUGCGGCAGAUUUAAAUAAAGAUGGCGCACUGGAUUCAAAAGAAUAUGUGCUUUUUUAUUCACCGGAAGAACAUCCAGAAAUGUUACCAAUUGUAUUAGAACACACACUUCGUGAAAAGGAUACAAACCAUAAUGGCGAAAUAGAGUAUGCUGAAUAUAUUGGCAAUACUGGACAAGACCGCAGCCGCGAAUGGUUAGUUGAGGAGAAAGAUCGUUUCGACCACUUGGAUGAAAAUAAAGACGGUCUGCUGACUGGUAGUGAGGUACUCAAUUGGGUAGUGCCAAAUAGCGAGACUGUAGCUACAGAUGAGGUCGACCAUUUGUUUGUAUCGACUGAUGAAGAUCACGAUGAUCGCUUAAGCUAUUUAGAAAUACUCAACAACUAUGACACAUUCGUUGGCAGUGAAGCUACGGAUUAUGGCGAUCAUUUACAGAACAUAAACCAUUUCCUUGAUGAACUAUAAAUGGACUAUUUAAACCGUGAUUUUAAUAAAUUUUGUGUUUAAUUCCAUAUUUUUGCCACGCCAAACGCUUAACUAAACGUACAAAGCAAAUUGUGUUUUAUGAUUUCAUUUAGAAAAUUAAUCACAAAAUUAAUAUUAUAUUAAUUUUACAGAUUAUUGUAGCUUUUAUUAUUUAUUAAUGUUCCUCCAUAUACGUAAAGUAGCAUAUUCUAAAUAUUUAUUGUACUGUAAUAUGAGUCUUAAUAAAUUCAAAAACAA